AUGUCCACCUCGCGAAAGAAGAACGUCCAGGACUUCCAGCAAAUCACCGGCCUCACCGAGCCAAUCGCCCGAGAGUGCUUUGCGGCCUUUGGGAAUUACCCCGCGGCCCUGGCCUCCUUCGCGCAGAGCUACCCUGACCUCCCCAGCCGCUACUUUGCGAAGGCCGAGGGCGGGGGACCGAACGUGCAGGCUAUCAACAGCGAACUUCGCGCCAUUUACCAACACGCCCGAGAGCUGAAGGCGAGGACGGGGUUGGCGAACGAGGAGGUGUGGAGGCGCUACGCCGAGGAGGCGCCGCCGGAGACGAAGACGGCGAACCCGUUCACAACGGUCGGCUCCUUCGCGGCGGGCAUCGUUUCCUCCCCUCCGGCCGAAAAGACGCCGGCGACGAGCAAUCCGUUUGCCUUUGGGUUUGGGAAACCCACGGGCGAGCCGGCGGCGGCGUCCAUGCCGAACGUCUUUGGGUUUGGGAAACCCACGGGCGAGCCGGCGGCGGCGUCCAUGCCGAACGUCUUUGGGUUUGGGAAGCCCACGGGCGAGGCGACGGCGAAGCCCAUGCCGAGCAGUUUCACGGGGUCUGGAAAGCCCCCCAAGGCGUCGGCGCCGAGCAGUGCGGUGGAGCACGCCCUACCUCCCCCCAAAGAACCUGUGGAAAUCCCCGCGACGCACUUCACGGGGCCCUUUUUCGACUCUUCAAUGUUCUGGGAGGAGGAAGUGCUCAAACAGGCACCACUGUUCAACUGCAAUAACGGCUUUAUCGAGGCAAACAGGGACACGCUGCGGACCCGCAUGGAAAAGUGGCUUCAGCGCACCGAUUUCUACCGCAAGCCGAUCAAGUACCUUGCGAUCGACGACGAGGAUGAAGAGAUCGUGCGGGUGAUUAUUAAGGACGCCGACCGCACGUUUUUCUACCCUGAGCACCGCACAAAGCUGGUGAUGUUUCUGCACGCCAUGAACCACGAGUUCAAGGCGUACGGCCAGGCUAUGAGCUACCUCUCGGCGCUCUGCAUGCUCACAAUGAACGAGGAGGAGGCCGCCAGUAUAAUCCGUUUCGUCUCCACGGAGUACAUUAAAGGCCAUUGGGCGAGCGAGGCGGUUGGGUUCGCCACGAGUGCGUGGGUGGUGGAGCACUUUAUGCGGCAGAAGUUUGAAGACGUCGCGAAACACUUGGAUUCGCUCAACCUGUGGCCGGACACCUAUUUGCAGAAGAUCCUCACGGGGUUGUGCGUCCAUGUGUUGUCCUUCAACGAUCUUUUCGAUUUCCUGGACGCCUUCAUGGCUGAAGGUCUACGGUAUCUCAUUGGCUUCUGCCUUGCCAUUGUUGAGCACUACCACGAUGCAAUUCUUUCUAUCAAAAGCUCCGUAGAGGCGAACACGUUGUACGAGAUUAUGCGGCUCGACCGCAACGUAGCGGACCGAAACGAUGUGCAGGCGAUUCUACAGCGUGCCCCACAGAUUGAUCUCGGUGACGAUAUCGCGAACAUCGAUCUGAUUCGCUCUCAGGUGUAUGAUAAAAAAGUGGCACCGCGGUUGGUUCGUGCUCCGAAAACGAACACCUUUGAGCCCUGUUCGAUAUGCGAAGAGCGACCACCUGAAUGGUGGAACGAUGACAUUGGUGCCGUCUGCAGCCCAUGUAAAGACUCUAAUCCAACCACUAAGUUUGAAAAUUUCUGA